UCUGUCUGACUUCGAUGAUAAAGUCAUUGUUAACAAAUAACUUUUCUAUCCCAUAGAAAUGUUAGAUAAAUAAAAAAAAAUCGAAAACACAAUACGUAUCGUCAAUUUAUAUUAAUAAAGAUAAAUCGAAGGUGGAGAUUGAAGAUACUCCGCAUAAAAACUCCAGUUCGAGCAAUAACCAGAUCAACAGAAUAUUCUGCGACCGAUUCAUCCAAUUGUAGUUCUAGUCCAUCAUUCACGCACAUGAGAAGUACCGAUGGAAGUACUGGGGCAACAUUAAAAAAGAGAAAAGGGUUUCGAGAAGGCGUUUUCAAGCACUAUGUCGUUACCCCGCCAGAAUUAUUUGUUCCAUCAUCUCCGUCUUUCCAUCUGCCUACCAGGAAUGAUGAUGUCAUGCGGAAAUAUGAAAUGGACGAGGAUGAUGAAGAUGAUCCCUUUGAUCGUUUGCAUCACCGACAUUCGCUAACAACGGUUACCGAGGAGUCCGAUAGUUGUGGUGAGGUGGCGGAUGACCAAAGACGAUACGCAAGAUUUUCCGCCAAAACAUUUGACUCAAGGCUGACAUCUCGCGAAUGUAGUUUUGUAACAUACGAAUCAUGGACUCCUGGUUCGAGAGAGCGAAUGAGACAGAGAAAUUCACAACGAUAUCAGCUACCUAUUACACCCUGGACGCCCAGCAAACGAGACGCUUGGACUGCUGGAUCUAGUGGAAUCUCAGAUUUUACUGAAGAAAGAAGAUCAAGUGUAUAUUGGCUUUCAGACGAUGAAACAGAUUAUUCACUAAAAGAGACAAGCGAUGAUUUUAGGUAUUCAACUUAUAACGAAGGAAGACAUAUGCACAGAAGUAUGAAGCGCCGACAAAAGAUCGAAAGACGAAAAAGGCGAGUUGUUCCUUCCGUUCUCCACGUCGAACCCCUACUUAAUCCACCCGAUGACGUCAUAAAGAGAUCUGAGGAUGGGACCAAGAUGUUUGCAUAUAGUAUGAUGAACAAAAGAACAAUAAAUGCGGAAAGGAUAAGAAAGGCAACCCCAGCUGUCAAUCAGAGAUUGAAGAUCGCAUACCAGUCACCACAUGUUCACCCCGAACCGAUACCUCAAAGAUCAAGACUAAGAGCAACAAAAUCUACCCGGAAUAUUUGCAUUGUUUGAAGAUUGAUUGCGACAAGUUAAAACUGGAAACUGUUUUGAACUGUUAUGUCAAUAUAUUUUUUAUUUUGGUUCUGUGUAGA